AUGGGGGUGGCACCUUCUAAGUUUGAAGAUGACAAGGUCCUUGUGCUAUGCCAGGAGAGGAAGCAUUUUGUUAGAGAAGCGUUAGAUGGAAGAUGUGCACUUGCAGCUUCUCACCGCGCUUAUAUUCUGUCGCUGAGAGAAACCGCUUCUCUUCUGAGGAAAUGUUUUGAACCUGAAGUGCUGAAAGAGUCAAUCCCAAAUGUUUCGCCACCUCUUUUGCCUGUCAAUCAUAUGAGUGCUGGGAGGAACUCCAUGACAGCAUCCGCAAAAGUAACCGCUCAAUCUUCAUUCCCUGCUGCUAGAGAGGUCAGUCAGAAUUUUGAAAAUGCUGAUGGUUUAAGGAGCCUCCGAGAGGAAGGGAUCCCUGAGCACAGCGAGGGAGAUGAUGAUUUUGCAGAGCUAGAAGAUAACUUUGACAAUCCAUCCACUGAAACUAGGGCGCCUGUGUUCAUGAACUGGAAUGAUGUGCUUGUUGAUAAUACUCACUCACCUGCACAACACGCUUCAGAAAAUAUUGCUUCACAAAGUACUAAUUCUUGUAGUGACAACUCCAAAAAUAAGAGGACAGUGAUUGGGAUGUCGAAGAAACCUUCCACUAACUUAGGUAACGUGCACAUGGAUCAAAGCCAACAACAAGUUUUCUGGCAACACUGUUUGCUUGCUGCAGAUAGGAUGUCACUGUUCCUGAAUGCUAGCAGCGCAAUCUGCAGGAGGUAUGAUGUGAGAUGCAAGAAACUGAGACACCAGGAAUCAAGAGGGGGAAAUCAAAUUGAUAUUGAUUUUACCCGUGCUUCUGUGAAGGACUUGCAUUCCAGAGUUCUAGUGGCUGUUCACAAAAUAGGCUUCAUUUCUAAGAAAAUACAAGAUGUAAGGGAUAAAUAUCUUCAACCACAGCUGGAUGAACUAAUUGGAUGUUUCACUAGGAUGUGGGGUACAAUGCUUGAGUGCCAUCAGUGCCAAUGUGCGAUAAUCAAGUUAGCAUCCAGAAGCUGCGGCCUGAAAAUAUCAUUUCAGUCAGAAUCUCAACACCAGGCUGGGUUUCUCCUCUCGGUUGAGCUGAGAAAACUAUGUUCCAACUUCCAGAACUGGAUGGCAUCCCAAAAGGCGUACCUCUGCAGCCUAAACAUGUGGUUACACAAAUGCAUGAAACCCCUGAUGAGGAGGAAGGUUUCCAGGAUCCGGAACGCCGUUGAUGCUUCGCUAACGGAGACUGCUAUCGCGCCAAUCUUCACAACCUGCGAAAUGUGGAUAAAGCUUCUCGAUGAUUUACCAACCACGGACUUAGAAGAAGCCAUCGAAGGUCUCAUUGCAGACAUAAGCCGCUCCAUUCCUCACAAAGAGAAGGUGCCAAAUGACGAAGCAGGGGGAGCAAGUCAUGGCCCGACUGAUCUGCACCCGAGUCUGUUGAGAUUCAUAGAGAAGCUCAAAGCCUUCUCAGAAACCUCAGUUGAGAAGUAUAUCGAUCUGCAGGAAAACGUCAGGGCCGCAAAGGAGAGGAUUUGGAUAAGAAAAUAA